AUGCUGAUGCUGCUGCUGCUGCUGGCGGUGUUGCAGUGCAUCGAGGUUGACAUGGUGAAGGUUGAGCUGCCGGAGGCGCCGCCCUCUCCGCUCGGAGCUAACACCGCACCGAGCAGUAAUGCAUCUAACGCUUCCUCGCCCACCCACGAGGACUUCGUCAUGGUGCCGGCGGACAUGCAGUCUGACCACUCUGCCAGCAGCCUGACAUCGCGAGGCUCUGCUAAGAAGCUGGACUCUGCAGCAUGCAGGUCUCGUAGCGCGACGCCGCCUGUCCGCACCGACGUCAACGUCAGCCCCGCGCUCGGCGGCGCCCCCUCACCAAAAGCAUCUAGUCCGCCGCGGCCGAGCAACCUGCACUUCAACAAUUCUCCGCCGCCGUCGUCGGCGGCGGCCGGGGCCGUCGUCAGCGCUCCCAUCCCCGUCCCCUCGCAGGUGCAGAACUACGUGAAGAUGCAGAGUUCCAGUCAUUUCGGUUCGGCGCCGCGCAUCGACGCUGCUGCUGCUGCUGCCGCGGGGCCCACGCACCAGGUCGCGUAG